ACGCGCCUUCAGCCUCGCCCGCCGAACGCGAGUCACCUUCCUCCGCCGUUACCUUGCCAGUCGCAGGCAUGGCGGCCAUGAGCCUCCUGCUCCGAGCGGCGGCUGCUUUCGCGGCCAGGAGGACCUUUCCCGGCCCGGGUCUCUGGGGUCGCUUCUCCCUGCCUGGGCGGGCCGCCGGCCGCUCUGUGCUCGUCGGUAUGGCUUCGCUAGGGGACGGGGGGAUCUUUGGGGUGGGAUGGGGGUUUCCCGUCUGGUUGACCUUGAGGAUUGGGACAAUCGCUGAGUUUUACGGUGUGUGUGUGGGGGGAGGGGCGUUGCCACCAUAUAUGUGCAAUAAUAAUAAUUUUACAUAUAACAUCUAAUUGUAUUAUAUCUAAUUGCCGUGACUCCACUGCCUGGGAAACCUAUUGCGCAGGCAGAAGUUCAACUGGUGAAGCUUCCUCCCAACCUGCUUGGUUUGGGCCAGCCAUGCAUAUUAUAAUAAUAAAAAUAAAUAAAAAUUAUUAUUAUUUAUACCCCACCCAUCUGGCUGGGUUUCCCCAGCCACUUUGGGUGGCUUCCAGCCGGAUAUUAAAAACAAUACAGCAUCAGACAUUAAAAACUUCCCUAAAAAGGAACACUUUCAGUUGUCUUUUAAAAGUAAAAUAGUUGUUUAUUGCCUUGACAUCAGCUGGGAGGGCAUUCCACAGGGGGCACCUGCCACUCAAUCACAGUCCUUCCCCCAAGGGCUACUUUUCUCGGAGGAAGGGCGUGCUUUCAAAGGCAUGUCAAUGAUGAAAAUAAUUAGCAAAGCAAUCCUGUCUCGGCUGGGUCAGAGCUGGACAAGUCCCUUUUAUUAUUAUUAUUAUUAGUUGAAUUUAUAUAUUGCCCUAUAUCCCAGGAGUCUCAGAGCGGUUCACAGAAUAAAACCAAGAUAUAAAACCACAAAAUACAUAAUAAAAAUAAAAACAACAGCCCAAUAGCCCCCACCCUCCAAAACACCCACCCACACACACCACAGCCUCGGUUUUUUGCUUUGCAAGAAUAGCUGUGUGGGAAUGUGCAAAAACAGAGGAGAACACAACCGAAGGUCUCUUUGUCGGCUUGACUGGGUCACAGAAACCACAGCUGGCUUUGCGCUAACACGUGGAUUUGAUUUUUGCAGCUCCGGUACGCCAUGGCAGUGGAGGUGGGAAAAGAAUGUUUGUCAUCCAGGCGACGGAUUUUUACGACAGGCGAUUCCUGCUUUUGUUGGUGAGUCUACACACUUUGGGAAGGGAGGAAUUGUAGGAAACCAAAAGGUGUCACACAGGAUAUUCUGUGAUAUUCUGUGUUCUAAAUGCUACUGUAUUCAGUCUUCCUAAGCCCAAGGUUUACCUUAGAGAUGGCUUCUUGAGCUUUGUAAGCAGAGCAGAGAUACCUGUGGACCAGGGCCGGAUUUAGGUUUGAUGAGGCCCUAAGCUACUGAAGGUAAUGGGGCCCUUUAUAUGUGAUAUUUUAGGGAGCAGACUAGCAGGCAGGGCCCAUUACUUACAUCAUAGGAGCCUACACAACACAAAACACUUUUUGUAGGUUUUAUUUUAUUUGUUUUUUAUCUUAUAUUUUGGAAAUGUACAUCCAGCUUUCCCCCCCUUUAUAUCUUUUGGGGCCCCCCCAAGAGAGUGGGGCCCUAAGCUAUAGCUUGUUUAGCUUAUACGUAAAUCCGGCACUGCUGUGGACUAUAAAAGUCGCCUUUCUGUUUUGCAAGAGGAUGUACGAUGGCUUUGGGUGGUUUUUUUUUAGCUUAUUGGUAACUAAAGGAUUAGAAAGGGGGCAGUAUCAACUCCACUUUUCCUAGAGAGCCCUUGUACAGUGCAACCUGUUACCAUGGGAGAAGGGUGGCUUCAACUUUGCAGCAGUUCUGGUGACUGUUGUUUGUUUCAAGGUUGAACUUGAGCCCAGCUACAAUGCUGGGAUUCUUGUAUCAUCGGCAGAACUAUUGGGUUGGGGUCAUCAUGUUUAGGUUGGGAUCCAUGUAUGCACCAAAGAAUUGCUCCGUUCAGUGGCUUGCCUCUUUAGCAGCUGGUAUCCAUAUCAGUGAAGAGUGGGGCAGAAAUAGUUUUAAUUUUAAAACAUUGUUCCCGCAAAAACAAUAAAUGAAAUUCAGGAUUCUUAUCUCUCUUUGUGUGCUUUUUACUUCUUUGGAUCAUUGUCAUAAACAGACAAUAAGAUAUUUCAGAGUGAACGGUGUACAUUCGUUUAGAGGUCUUUUCACAUGUGUAACUUAAAAUGCCAAGUGGUAUCUGAAUAUUCAAGAGUUUUAAGUUCUGAAUAAAUGACCAUAUCUUCUAUUAUUAUUAUUAUUAUUAUUAUUACUUCUAAACCACUCUUAAUCCAAGGAUCACACAGUGGUUUUAUAUUUUACAAGAUGAAAACACCAAAAUAUAUAAUUUAGUAAGAAACAAAAACAAUGACCUCCCCCCCCCCCGAGUUUAAAAGCCCAUAGAUUGUUUAAUUAGAUAGAAGAGGAAUGUUAUUGUCUGAAAUAUUAGGCUAGAAAAUAUAUCCUAAUAGUCCAGACUGUAGUGUUUGUAUUGGGAGAGGUUCAGUAUUGGAAGUGUUCAGAAGCAGAAGGCUCUUUUAUACAUAUUUUGUGGUGAUAUAAACACACAAAGAAAUAUUGAGAGAUGGUAUAUGAGGAACUUAAGCAAAUGUUUGAAUUCAAAUUUCAGAAAAAUCCAGAAGCCUUCCUUUUAGCAAUAACAGGAGAGGAGAUACCAAAGGAAGUCAAAAAUCUAUUUUUGUAUGCAACAGCGGCCACAAGAAUAGUUUAUGCAAGGAGCUAGAAAGAAAAAAAGAUUACUCCAACAAAGGAUCAGAGUUUGCAUAAAUUAAUAGAAUUUGUAGAGUUACCAAGCAUGACGGCAAAAUAAGAAAUUGGGAUGAAAAGAAGAUAAGAAGCGUGUGGGAAUGUUUCGGAGAAUAUUUACAAAGAGAUGGCAUUUAGCUUAAUCUACAAGUAGGGGACGCAGGUGGCGCUGUGGGUUAAACCACAGAGCCUAGGACUUGCCGAUCAGAAGGUUGGCGGUUCGAAUCCCUGCGACGGGGUGAGCUCCCGUUGCUCUGUCCCAGCUCCUGCCAACCUAGCAGUUUGAAAGCACGUCAAAGUGCGAGUAGAUAAAUAGGUACCACUCCGUCGGGAAGGUCAGGGGUUCCUUUACCUUUACCUUACAAGUAGGGAUGAGUAUGUGAUCAGCAGUAGACAAGAUGAAUGCAUUGAAGGGAUGAAAUAGGGUGGAGAGAUAACAGUGAGGCAGCGAAACAAAGAGUUUGAACAAGGAAUGACAAUGAAGGAUAGGUUGGGAAGUCUGUGUAGGAACAUGGUAAGAUGACAAAUGUAUGUGAAAAAACAACAACUGAAAAAUGCAUAAAUAAAAAUUACAUAUUGAGAGGUUCUAAAAUUACUGGGGCUUGAUGAAGAUGUGAGGGUACUGUGUAUUUUUGCCACGUAAUGAUCUUGCUUCUUCUCGUUUCCUUUCACUUUCUAAACAGAGGUUCUACGUUUUGCUCACCGGAAUCCCAGUUGCUCUAAUUAUAACAUUUGUCAAUGUCUUUAUCGGUGAGUAUUUCUGCAGGUUUCAUCCUAUUUUGAAGGGCUGACAUAAGAAACUGUGAAGUAAAGGGAGCAGUUGCAUCUCUCCUAAAGAGCUGCUCUUUUUCAAUGACGUUAAAUCUGGUUUGGGUUAGUACAAGAACUGCUAGGUGUAUUUUCAAAAUCCCCUGGAAGGAAUGGUCUCAAGGAGUCCUCCUUUCUCCUGGCCUCAGUGGAUGGCGUGAACCAAUAUCUUAGUUCGCUUAAAACAAAAAAAACCUGUAGGUGUUAAAACUUUUUAAUAACUACCACUUAACCAGAAAAAUGUGUCUCUUGGCCAGUUUGUUUUCAUGCCUUAUCUGCUACCUGUAAAACUGAGAAUUUUUAACGUUGGUUAUUUGUUAUGUGGAGUACAAAGCAUGAAUUGUGUUUGUAGGGACAGGAAUUCCCCACCCUCAUUUGCAUGUUUCUCCGCAGUUUUGUGUGUGCGCUUGCUUGAAUGUACGUCUCCUUGAACUUGGUGGGACUUACUUCUGAGCAAACAUGCUAAGGACGGGACAGGAAACUUUGAAUUAGUCCUCUUUUGAAGAUAAUAUGUUGUGGCUGGCAACAGUAUUCUUUCUUGACAGUGUUUUUGGAAGUCUAUUGCAUUUGAACUGAGCUUCUUCUUUCUCACCAGGUAAAGCUGAACUGGCUGAAAUCCCUGAAGGUUAUGUCCCAGAGCACUGGGAGUACUAUCGUGUAAGUAAUAAUAAAAUAUUAUUAAUUUAUUAUUUAUACCUCACCCAUCUGUCUGAGUUUCCCCAGCCAAUCUGGGCAGCUUCCAAGAAAGAUUAAAAAUACAUUAAAACAUCAGUCAUUAAAAGCUUCCCUAAAGAGGGCUGCCUUCAGAUGUCUUCUAAAAGUCUGGUAGUUGUUGUUCUCUUUGACAUCUGGUGGGAGGGCGUUCCACAGGGCGGGUGCCACUACUGAGAAGGCCCUCUGCUUGGUUCCCUGUAACUUGGCUUCUCGCAGUGAGGGAACCGCCAGAAGGCCCUCAGCGCUGGAUCUUAGUGUCCAGGCAGAAUGAUGUACAGAGCUGAGUGCUUAUUGCAAUCUCGGCUUGGGAAGGAGUUUUCUGGGCUGCAUCCAGACUUGCCCGUCCGCAGACGAAAUGACUCCUUUUGUUCAUGGAAGGGAGUUGGAUCCAGUGGAAGCUUCCACCAGAGGAAGGAGGAUGGUGGCAAUUUCUGCCAGUUUUCUUUUGCCCCUUAAUCCCACCACCGAUGCUGAUCCAAACCUCCAGAGCAGAUAUUUGGAGGGUGGGAAAUAGGGGGCUGUGAAUUCUGGAAGCGUGAAUUGCUGAGCAGCUCCUCUCCUUAUCCCUCUAGCACAGGGUUGGUGGAACUGGAUUGAGUCGGGCGAGAUCCUGACAUUCCCCAACCCCUGCAGGUCCCGUUAACAGCUGGAUUCAAGUUCUAGCAACUAGAGAUGUUAGGAUUUGAUCCAGGAACAUCAUGCAUGCUAGGUACAUGGUCUUUCAGUGAAUUCUUUCCUUUCUGAUUCCUCCAUCUGCCCAUCUUGUUAGAUUCCUGUAUCUCGCUCCAUUGCUUGCUCAGCCCCUUUCCUUCAGCAAUUGGUUCUCUGGGUUUCUGACCCCUUAGAUUCCUACCUUUUAGGCUCUCCUGCCAAUCAGCUUUCCACCCUUAGCCUGCCUCACAACAGCUCCUCUUUCCUUGGGGUGUGUACGAAAUUUUAAUCCCAGUCAAACUGGGAAUUUUACUUCCGUUUGCUUCUCACAGGACGUUUCGUUAAUGACAGCUUUGCCCCCCCACCCGAGUAGCUUGAAGAUUCCAUGACAUCACACCAGACAAGCCAAUCCGUGUCUGAGGCUUCUCUGCUGUAUAUGCACGCAGGUGCUCAUGAUUCCUUAGUGAUGCCUUGCUUUGCUUUUCUCCAGCAUCCGAUAACAAGGUGGAUUGCUCGCAAUAUGCUCGACCCUCCUGAAAAGGACUAUGAAAAGGGGUUGGCGUACCUUUAUGCUGAAUCUGAGAAACUUGAAUUAAGGUAGGGAAAAUCAACAGGUAAUUUGGUGGUUUCCCAAACUUAGGGACAUUAGGAAGCUGACUUAUUGUAUACGGAGUCGGGCCUUUGGCAGUAUGGUCUGCACCAGGUGUGGGGAACCUGUGGCCCUCCAGUUGUUACUGAACUCUGACUCCCAUCAGCGCCAGUCAGACUGGCCAGUAGUCAGGAAUGAUGGGAGUCCUAGUCCAAGCACACUUGGGUGCCCAUGGGUUUGCUAAUAAUAAUAAUAAUAAUAAUAAUAAUAAUAAUAAUAAUAAUAAUUUAUUUAUACCCCGCCCAUCUGGCUGGGCUUCCACAGCUACUCUGGGCGGCUUCCAAUAAAAUAUUAAAAUACUGUAAUACAUCAAACAUUAAAAGCUUCUCUAAACAGGGUUGCCUUCAGAUGUCUUCUAAAAGUCUGGUAGUUGUUGUUCUCUUUGACAUCUGGUGGGAGGGCGUUCCACAGGGCGGGCGCCACUACCGAGAAGGCCCUCUGCCUGGUUCCCUGUAACUUGGCUUCUCGCAGUGAGGGAACCACCAGAAGGCCCUCGGUGCUGGACCUCAGUGUCCGGGUAGAACGAUGGGGGUGGAGACACUCCUUCAGAUAUACUGGACCAAGGCCGUUUAGGGCUUUAAAGGUCAGCACCAGCACUUUGAAUUGUGCUUGGAAACGUACUGGGAGCCAAUGUAGGUCUUUCAAUGUAGGUGUUAUAUGGUCUCGGUGGCCGCUCCCAGUCACCAGUCUAGCUGCUGCGUUCUGGAUUAGUUGUAGUUUCCGGGUCACCUUCAAAGGUAGCCCCACGUAGAGCGCAUUGCAGUCGUCCAAGCGGGAGAUAACCAGAGCAUGCACCACUCUGGCGAGGCAGUCCACAGGCAGAUAGGGUCUCAGCCAACGUACCAGAUGGAGCUGGUAAACAGCUGCCCUGGACACAGAUUUGACCUGUGCCUCCAUGGACAGCUGCGAGUCCAAAAUGACUCCCAGGCUGCACACCUGGUCCUUCAGGGGCACAGUUACCCCAUUCAGGACCAGGGAAUCCCUCACACCUGCCCGCCUCCUGUCCCCCAAAAACAGUACUUCUGUCUUGUCAGGAUUCAACCUCAAUCUGUUAGCCGCCAUCCAUCCUCCAACCGCCUCCAGACACUCACACAGGACCUUCACUGCCUUCACUGGUUCUGAUUUGAAAGAGAGGGAGAGCUGGGUAUCAUCAUACGUGGCCUAGCAGAGGCUCUUCAGGGUUUCAGACACUGAACAUUCCCAGCCCAACCUUGAGAUGCCAGAGAUCGACCGUGGAACCUUCAGGGCAGAUGUGGUACCACUAAGCUACAGCUCUUCCUAAAGUUGUGUUGAACUGUUGCUGAACUAUCAUUUCAGGCAUGAGCCAAAGUCAAGCAGGGGGUUGAAAGUCAGACUUCCUGCAGUUAAUUGGAAAUGUUUUCGCUGCUCAUCGUUCUGUGGUCCACUUUGUGUUUUGUUGCUGGAGAUGCUGAGCCAUGAUGUUUCCUAGAUAAUAUCGCUGGGCAACGUCUGCCAACACCCUUGGGAGGGAAAUCCAUCUAAUCCAGUCCCCCCCCCAUGCUGUGAAAUGACAUCCAAGCAGGGCAAGGGAGGGACUUUUCCCUCCUGGGAGCCAGAGGCAAAAAGUGGUCACGGUCAGAGGCAAAAGGGAAUGAACAGUUGCGACUCUCUCCUUUGAGUUGCGGGCCUCAGCUGAUCUCUGUGUAGUGAAUAGCAUUGCUUAUGGGCCUGUCCCUGGCGAAUAAACAAUUGUCCCUCCUGUUGCUAGGACUGGUUCAGCUCCUGUUGCCAAAUUCUUCCCCACAAACUUGCAGGCAAGCACACAGCCACACGGAGAAAGGCUAGCCUGAAUGCGCAGGGAACCGGUGGCCAUUUCCACAAGCCUGGAGGUGAAAGGUUUCCAGGAGCCAUAAUUGUGGCUACAAGUUUCAAGCUCCCCCAAAUGUUCAUUCUUGUGCAUGGUAGUUUUUCUCCACCUGCUCCCUUGUAUGGGCUCAUGCGGAGGAAUUUGGCACUGUGAGCUGGCCUUAAUUGACCUAAUUGACCAACUUAAGUAUCCAGGCACAUGGGUAUUAAAUAGCAUAUGGGUUGCAGCCUCCGCCUGCCAAAUUCUGCACUGAGGCAGAUCCAUCUGCUCCGCUGCUUUAAAAUUCUGGCCUGACUGGUUGUAUUUGGCUUGAACAAUCGAUAACGUUGGCACGGCUCAUCAGUCACUUUUGAACACGGUUAAAAUAGACUCGGUUUAAUGGGAACAAGCAAAAUGCUACCGCAAUCACAGGUGAAAUCUGAAAUCACAGGGGCUUCCCUGCUUCUGCCAGGAAACAGGCCAUGAUCCGGCUUGUUGUGUAGUCCGAACUUGGGCUCAUGGUUUCCUUCCAAACAAACCACGAGUGGCAACAAAGGCUUGCUUUUGGCUUACUGCUCAUGGUUUGUUUUGGGGGGGAAACAAACCAUAACCUUGUGUUCAUAUGACUUAAGAAUCAAUCAGUUUCUGUAAACCGCUUAGAGGUCUUUCUACAAUCAAGCGAUAUAGACAUUAUGUUAAAUAAUAAUAAUAAUAAAAAAAAUACAGAUUGUGGCUUGUUUCCUGGCAUGGGGGCAGGAAAGGGUGAAAAAUGUGUCCACGAUUCCAGCAGUCUUCACUAGUCCAUUGUGCAUUCACAUUAAACCACAGCUUAUUCUAAGUAUGGUAUAACAUAACGUGCGAGCCAGCUCCAUUGUACGAUUGAUCAUAUUAAUUUCCUGAUUCUCCUUCCUCAUCCCGCUAUUUUCCUUUUAUAGGAGGCAGGAGAAGACAGCACGCAAGCUAAUGCAACAGCGGGGGGAUGGACCCUGGCAUUUCUAUGAAACCACCCCCGCAAGUCUUAUUGAUUAUUCUAACAAAGCAACACCUGACAACUAAGCUGGUUAUCCACCUGGCUCAGAGGUGUGCACCCAUAAAAGAGUAGCGGAAUUAUGUAAUGUAUAUAUAUAUAUCUGACUUCGUAACUCAAAUAAAAAAAAAAAAGAUUGUUUCAAUUACUUGCUGUGUUGAAGGCUUCCACAAGGACUUUCAGAUUCUACAGAGAAAGUGCAAGUUGCUUUUGCCAUU